ACAGUACAGUUUUUUCUUAGACGCUACAAAACGUUCAGUCGGAAUACUUUUAUGGGGGCACCCAAAUACUGACGUUUCCGUUAAGUCAUCGGCAGGGGACGGAAAAGGAAAACUGUAAGAAAAGUCAUUUGUGUUUGUGUGUCCUAUAGAGGCCAUGUGAGUUAAGGAUAGUAUAUGGAAUACGAUGAAGGAAGCAGCAUUUAGUUUGCUAGGAAUGGAACGGAGAUCAACGACAUUACCUUUUUUUGAGAAUCCUUUUUUGUCCGAUUAAUAAAGCCAUACAUGCAUGGUUUUUAUCUCCAUUGAAGCAUGCGUUUACUCCGAAAGUAAGACCGUAAACGACUGUUAAGCAUUCCGAAUGUUGGAAAACGAUCACUAUUAAUUGGAUGUAAUUAUGUAUCGAACAUCAUUUUUGAGUAGCUGUUUUUUUGUGAGAGAGUUAGCCCUGAUAUUGCAGUCUUUUCUGUUCCAAAACUGAUAUCCAGCUGUCAGAAUUCAUGUUUUGUAAAAAAGAAGCUGUUGAGACAGUGUGUAGUGCUGAAAUAUUAUCCAUUACUUGGAGCAAUGCCCUUUGCAGACUUCCUGAGUGCCCUGAAAGACAACCCUUAUUUUGGGGCUGGCUUUGGACUGGUUGGGGUUGGCACAGCAUUGGCUUUGGCAAGGAAAGGUGCACAGUUUGGAAUGAUUGCGUUUCGUCGGCACUAUAUGAUCACCCUGGAGGUUGCAAGCAAGGACAAAAGCUACCAGUGGUUACUUAGUUGGAUUACAAAGCAUGCCCGGCAUACACAGCACUUGAGUGUGCAAACAUCAUACUUGCAGCAUGAGAGUGGGCGUGUACGGACCCAGUUUGAUUUUCUCCCCAGCCCUGGGAACCACAUCAUAUGGUAUAAGAGUAAAUGGAUUAGAGUGGAGCGAACCAGGGAGAAGCAAAUGAUAGACUUGCAUACAGGUACUCCAUGGGAGUCCGUGACAUUCACAGCCUUGGGAAGAAACAGAGAAAUAUUUUUCAACAUACUGCAAGAAGCCAGAGAGUUGGCCUUGAAGGAGCAGGAAGGGAGAACUGUCAUGUAUACAGCCAUGGGAUCAGAGUGGCGUCAGUUUGGGUUUCCGCGCCGCCGCCGUCCAUUAACAUCUGUAGUCUUGGAGAAAGGAAUUGCAGAAAAAAUUUUGGAUGAUGUGAAGGACUUUAUUGGUAACCCAACGUGGUAUACCGACAGAGGCAUUCCAUAUAGGCGGGGUUAUCUCCUGUUUGGACCACCUGGCUGUGGAAAGAGUAGUUUCAUAACAGCAUUGGCUGGAGACCUUGAGUACAGUAUAUGUCUGAUGAGCCUGAGUGACCGAAGUCUGACAGAUGAUCGACUUAACCACUUGUUAAGUGUAGCUCCACAGCAAAGUAUUAUUCUCCUAGAAGACAUAGAUGCUGCUUUUAUUAGCAGAGACAUGGCUGCUGAGAAUCCAACAGUUUACCAAGGAAUGGGCAGACUAACCUUCAGUGGACUGUUGAAUGCUUUAGAUGGAGUGGCCUCCUCUGAGGCCAGGAUUGUGUUUAUGACAACUAAUCACAUUGAUCGGUUAGAUCCUGCACUCAUCCGUCCUGGUAGAGUGGACCUGAAGCAGUAUGUAGGAUAUUGCUCUCAUUGGCAACUCACACAGAUGUUCCAGAGAUUUUACCCUGCUGAGUCGGCAUGGAAGGGAGAGAAAUUUGCAGAAAAUGCUUUAAGUACAUGUCAGAAUAUCAGUGCUGCUCAAGUUCAAGGGCAUUUCAUGUUUUAUAAACUGGAUCCAGAUGGAGCAAUUAGUAAUGUGACGAAUAUUGGUUAUUAAAUUAGCUUGGUACUUUAAAAAAA